AUGGUGCCCUCCAUCGUCGUCCGCCGCAAGCGCUCCCGGUCGCCGCCACACGGUUUCGACUCCGGGAGACGCACGCGCCCGCGACCCACGCCGUCCUCUCCCGACGUCGGCCGCAAGCGCUCCCGGUCGCCGCCACGCUGUUCCCACCGCGAGGGUCCCAAGCGCCCGCACCCCGUGCCGUCCUCCGCCGAUGUCGGCCGCAAGCGCUCCGGGUCUCCGUCGUGCGGUUUCGACUCUGCGCCGUGCAAGCGCGCGCGCCAGGCGAUGGAGGUGGAGCCGACGGGAGAGGGCGAAGCCGCGGCGGCGGUAGCAGCACUGCCCGACGACAUGCUCUUGGAGGUCUUCAAGCGGCUGCCGCCCCCGCGCGACGUCAUCCGCUGCGCCGCGGUGUGCCGCCGCUGGCGUCGCGUCGUCUCCGGCGCCGGAGCGGCAUGUCUCCCCAAGCCGCCUACCCAUCUCGGCUUCUUCCGCAACUACGGCCCGUCGCCGCUGCCCCCGUUCGUGCCCACCGCAGGCCUCUCCCUCGACAUCGGUUUCCUCCCGGUGCCGCCCGCGUGCGGCGCGGUCCUCGUCGACGCCCGCAACCGGCGGCUGCUCCUGCGGGAGCUCGGCCCUGGCUACCCCCGCGAACUCAGGCUCCUCGUCUGCAGCCCGCUGGAGAAGAUGUACGUUCGGGUGCCGCCCCUCUUCAUUGCUGGGCACAGGGUGGCGUGCUGCGUGCUCGUCCCGGGGGAAGGCGUCGCAUUCCGCGUCGUGGUCGUCCUCUUCGGCACCGACCCGAAUCACUUCGAGCUUCUGGUCUACUCGUCGGUGUCCUCCGCUUGGGAGUCUGCCACCGGACCGGUUCACCGGAACCUGGUCCCCCGUCAAGGCCCAUCAGUCGUCGUCGGCGAUGUCAUGUACAAACUGCAGGGCGAAGAGAAGUACAUUAUGGUUGUCGACGCGGUCCAGAUGACGCUGUCGGCGGUGCCCCUUCCUGAUGCCAGAACGCUCCUCUACUCCGGGAACCACUGGAUUGGCAAGACACCGGACGGCCGGCUUUGUUUCUUCGUGAUCAGGGAGCAGCUCAGUCUCGUCACCUGGGUUCUCCAGGCACCUGGGAAGUGGGUGGAGCAGCAACCCGUGGACCUGCGCACGCUGAUGCACCGGGCGUUUGUUGGUGACCUCGCCCACAUGAAGCUCUCGGCGAAGAUGUCGGACCAGCUCCGUGGCUUCAAACUUGUGAGCUUCGCUGCGUUCUGUGAGGGUACAGGCACGCUGUUCUUUGUCAUGGCAGAUUGGGUUGUGAUGCUCGACCUCAGGACGAGGAGAUUGCUGCGCCUGUGUCGUAACACUGACGACUCGCGGCCAUUGGGUGAUGUGUACCCGUGUGAGAUGCUGCAGUGGCCACCGGUGCUCAAGAACUUUGGCGGGUCUGAUGAGGCAGGAGGUGUUUGA